AUGAAGUGCGCCGGCGUGGCGGGCGCCAGCGGCGACGAGCUCCUGCUCGGCAGCUGCUGGCUGGACCCCAAGCUCGACAACUCCUCCCCCCCGCCCACCUGCCACGAGCUCCUCGACUCUCUCCUCGCCCCUACCCCUCUCGCUGAACUCAAGCCCCUCCCUCCCUUCACUGGCUACACUGGGCACCUCUCUAUCAACGGCAUCUCUGGACACCACUACCAUGCUAUUGCGCAACGCCUUCCAGAAGAGAAUAAUAACUAUCCAACGCAGAGCGGCUACGGCGCCGACCAUGACGUAGUAUCCUCCUCGACCUGCGCGGCUGAUGCGGAGCCGCCUGACUUAGAGGACGUCAAACCGUUUCUCGACACGCCUGACACCAAACCUUUCGCGGACACCUCCGCUGCGGACUCAUGCGCCGCGUCAUGUUCACCUCCCGCGAAAUUGUUCGAGGACGGACACAAGCAGGACAUGUAUGACAUCAGCUCGAUAGAAGACAUCGCGGCUAUCAUCGGCUCAGCCAUCGCCGAUACCACUGUCCCGUCUCAACCAGAGGAUCCUGAGAGGAAUGACUCCAGAGAUAGUUGGAUGGACAUUGAUGCCUGGAUAACGGGCGCAUGCACGCAGCCUGGUGAUAAGAUUGUACAGCAAGAUCUAGCGGAGUUUGGUCUGCCCAAUUCACCGCCCUCGGGGCAAAAUCAUCACUCGAGUCUCGAUUACCCAUGCAAAAAUCAAGAGUUUUCGAAAAGCACGGAGUUUCUUCAGAAGAACUUAGGACAGGCGGGAUCCACCCUGCAGUCUUUGUUGACACAUGGUUAUAUGCCACUGCUUCAAAAUCGGCUACAAAAUGGUCCGCCAGUCAAGCAGGAGGCGCCGAGCUCCACAAGUUAUGGGAUGGACGUGAUUUCAACGUCAUCUCCCCCGGGGAACGCCGUCUCUACGACCGAUGGUGUUGGUGGAUUACUCAAUGGGCGAUACGCGCCCCAUUACGCGCUCGGCCUGAAACCUGAUGGCUUAUGCAGUCCCGAAAGGCUACUAGGCUACCCGCACGCUCACACUACGACUUCCACACCAGCGAGUAAAAGCAAAAGAAGUCGAGCUAAAGCGAAACAAGCGAACAGCAACAUGCACGGGAGCUCGUUGGCGUUCCCGUCGGCGACGGCGGCCGAGCUGAGCGGGUUGCUGGGCAAGGAGAAGCCGGUGCACCGGUGCGGGAUAUGCAAUAGAGGAUUCCUGAACAAAUCCAACAUUAAGGUUCACCUCCGAACCCACACGGGGGAGAAGCCGUUCCGGUGCGACGUGUGCGCGAAGGCGUUCCGGCAGAAGGCGCACCUCAUCAAGCACCAGCAAAUCCACAAGCGGAUCGGCAGGGACUAGAGGAGUAGGUUCUAGCUCAAAAUGAAGCAUUUUGUAGUUUGUAAUAUAGUG